ACUUCAACUGAGUCAAGCGUUCUUCCUGCUCCCGAAGAUCCCAUUCUUAGUCGUGCCAUUUUCGAUUCAAACCCAACUUGGGGGAACCAUCACAAUGUUUUGCCUGUAGAGUAUUUCCUUUACUAUAUUGGUAUAUUGCAAGCUUGUGCGCAUAACCCAACAGGUGUUGAUCCAACAUUCGAACAAUGGGAACAGAUUCGACUACUAGUGAGACAAAUGAAACUCUGUUAUAGUGUUCACACACGUGGUAGCCUUGACAUAGAUGCACAAGCAGUUCGUAUGUUUGUUGCUGAUGGAGAUGAAUUUUGG